UAAUUUCUUCUUCUAGCUGUCACGUGUUUGACAACUUUUGUGUUUUUCGUCACUGUUGAUUUUGGUAUCAGAAAUGCUGCGUAGACAAGCUCGAUUGCGCCGAGAAUAUUUAUAUCGAAAAUCCCUAGAGGGACGACAGAAAGCCAUCCAAGACAAGAAAGAUCGCUUGAGACAGGCGCUUGAAGAGGGAAGACCAAUUGACACGGAUCUAAAGAAGCAGGCUAUUGAACUUCAAAAAUCAUUAGAAUGGGAAGAUGCUGGGCCAGAAAGAGCAGCGCUUUUGGGUGGAACAGAUACAGGUGGUGGAGGAACAUCACAUAUGGAUGAUGAGUACCGUUGGGCUGGAGUUGAAGAUCCAAAAAUCAUGAUUACAACAUCCCAUGACCCCUCAUCUCGUUUAAAGAUGUUUGUUAAAGAACUCAAGCUGGUCUUCCCGAAUUCACAGAGGCUUAACCGUGGCAAUUAUGAAAUGAAACAACUUUUGGAUGCAUGCAGGGCUAAUAGUGUAACUGAUUUCAUCGUCGUUCAUGAACAUCGAGGUCAGCCAAACGCCAUCAUAAUCAGCCAUUUACCUUAUGGUCCUACGGCGUACUUCAACGUUUCCGAUGUGGUUAUGCGUCACGAUAUUCCUGACAUUGGGCCCAUGUCCGAGCAGUAUCCUCAUCUCGUAUUUCACAACAUGAAAACGCCAUUGGGUCAGCGAGUCAUGAACAUUCUAAAGUAUCUUUUCCCUGUUCCGAAAGAAGACAGUAAACGAGUCAUUACAUUCGCCAAUCAUGAUGAUUUCAUUUCAUAUCGGCAUCACACUUACAAAAAAGGCGAGGCAGGCAAAGGCAUUGAACUUAAGGAAGUUGGCCCGCGUUUUCAAUUACGACUGUAUGAUUUGAAAUUGGGGACUAUCGACCAGGCCGAUGCGGCUGAUACAGAAUGGGCAUACAGGCCAUACAUGAACACUACUAAGAAGCGGCGUUUUCUUUCAGAUGACGAUGGUUGGAAAGCUUGAUUAAGAAUGAAAUAAGUACACGCGGUGAAAAUGAUUGACGCGUUCAAAAUGGUCAUUUUAAUAACUCGAUGUGACUAGCACAGGAAAAUAAACAAGAACCUAUUAA